GUAUAAAGCUUGUAAUAACAGUAGAUUUUACAUUCAUUCAAUACAUUCUCAGUUUUCUCUGCAAUCAAUCAAGAAACUUCCGCUUUGUUAUGGUAUCAGAGCUCUCUUAGAGAGAGCUCUGCUGCGCGCUCCCAUGGCGGCGAUCGCGACGCCGUACCCGUUCUCUGUGCAAGAUGCACAAACCGCCUCACACGCUCUCUACAUCCAUCCCAACGAGAGCCCUUCUACCGUUCUGGUUUCUCCUCCACUUUCAGAUGGAAACUACCACAACUGGGCUCGUGCAAUGAAGAUGAGUCUGAUGACGAAGAACAAGCUGGGAUUCGUCGACGGCACGAUCGGAGAACCGCCGCAGGAUCAUCCCGUUCUUCCCUACUGGCAGCGUUGCAACAUGAUGGUGUUAAGCUGGCUCAUCAAAUCGAUGAACGUGGAGAUUGCCCAAUCGAUUCUAUGGCGUGACAAAGCUGCAGAUGUGUGGAAAGAACUCAGAGAACGAUUUUCACAAGCAGAUCUAUUUCGGAUUUCAGAAUUACAAGAAGAAAUCUUCAGCAUAAAACAAGGUGAUUCUUCUGUUUCCAAGUUUUACACAAGCAUGAAGACUCUUUGGGAUGAAUUAGACAUACUCAAUCCUCUACCCAUUUGUACCUGUAACCCUGUUUGUGCGUGUGGUGCGAUCACGAAAAUUGCUGAAGAAAGGAACAAGAAUCAAGUGGUGAGGUUCCUUCGAGGGUUGAAUGAUCAAUUUUCGGGUGUUCGUUCCCAAUUGAUGCUUCUAGAUAAUUUGCCUAAUGUGAAUAGGGUUUUUGCUAUGAUAGCUCAACAAGAGCGACAAUUUUCGUCUGAAAAUGUUUCUGGCUCGAAGGCUCUGUUAGCCUCAAGAGAACAUGGUGGUAACGAUUCCAGGGGGGUACAGGGUCAAGGCCAAUCUUGUGGUCAAUCUUCUGGUUAUGGAGGGAGCAAGUAUAACUCCAAGAAAUGUUCCUACUGUGGCAAGAUGGGUCACACAAUUGAGGAAUGCUACAAGAAGCAUGGAUUUCCUCCGGGUUUCAAGUUCAAGAAUCCAAAGUAUGCCAGCAAAUCAGCCAAUCUGGUUCAGACAGAUGGAGAUCAUCAAGAUGAUGAUGAUCAAGAGGGCAAGGAUGCUGGAAAUACUCGUUUUGGGUUCACUGCAGACCAGUAUCAGAAUUUGCUUGCUUUGCUACCAACACAAGAUCAGAAGGAGUCAAGAACAGCAAGUGUGAAUUCAUGCACACAAGUAAUUCCAACUCAUAAUGGAUUCCAUUGCUUACAAGAGGAUUGGCACAGCUAGAGCAGUCAAAGGCCUAUAUCUACUCAUGAAAGGAAAUCCCAGGUCUUCUACCAAAGCCAUUUGUAACUCUGUUUCAGUUCCGGAAUCUAUUGUUGAUAAUACAAACUUAGCUUGUAAUUUCAUACCUAGUAUGCAUAACCUUUGGCAUUUUAGGCUAGGCCAUCCAUCUUUUGUAAAAGGGCAGUCCAUUAGAGACCUAUUUCCUUACAUUGAGUGUAAUAAAGAGCAAGUUUGUGACAUUUGUCCUCUUGCAAAGCAAAGAAAAUUGAGUUUUCCUUUGAGUAAUUCUUGUUCUUCAGCUAUUUUUCAAUUGGUUCAUGCUGAUAUUUGGGGUCCUGUGUCUACUGUUUCACUUAAUGGUUUUUCUUACUUUCUCACAAUAGUUGAUGAUUUUACUAGACAUACUUGGGUUUAUCUGCUUAAAUCCAAAGCAGAGGUGAGACCCCUUAUUCAAGAUUUUUGUGUUCUAGUAGAAAAUCAGUUUGCCACUACCAUUAAAACCAUAAGAAGUGACAAUGGUAAAGAA